GAGGAGGGGGGAGGAGGAGCGCUGGGAGGAGGGCGAGGGGAGGGAGAAGGCGCCCGCCCGGCUCCCUGCAAAGCGGCCUUAUUUAUCUGGGCACGGCCUCAGCCUCCCCUGUGGGGGGCUUGGGGCAGCCGAUCCUCGCCCACCGGGGAGCUCCUCUGGGGUGAGGCCGGAGUGGCAGCCGGGCCGGGGCACCGGGCGCGGGGUGCGGCCGGGCCCUGCCGGCCAGGCCAGCACCGCCGCCGCCUUCCCGCUCCGCCGGCUCUCUUGCCGGGCUCCCAAUGACGGGAGGAAGCCCGGCGAGCAGCGUGGCAUGAGCCAGGAGCCCGGGCCGAGGUAAGAGUGACGGAGGAAGAUGUCCAGUCCCGGAGUCGACGGCGACCCCAAGCCCCCAUGCCUGCCUCGAAACGGCCUGGUGAAGCUGCCGGGCCAGCCCAACGGUCUGGGUGCGGCCAGUAUCACCAAGGGUACACCCGCCGCCAGGAACCGCCCCUGCCAGCCACUGCCCCCACCCACUCUCCCACCGCCCAGCCUGGCUGCCCCGCUGCCCCGGGCUGCCCUGGCUGGGGGCCUGUGCCCCCCAGCAGGGAUCCCCCUCGGUGGACCGGCCUCAGCCCCUGCACCUGGGCCCCCCGUGGAGCGGCCGCCACUGGCCACAGAUGAAAAGGUCCUCAAUGGCCUCUUCUGGUACUUCUCGGCCUGUGAGAAGUGCGUGCUGGCCCAGGUGUGCAAGACCUGGCGGCGGGUGCUCUACCAGCCCAAGUUCUGGGCGGGCCUCACGCCCGUGCUGCAUGCCAAGGAGCUUUACAACGUGCUGCCCGGCGGUGAGAAGGAGUUCGUGAACCUGCAGGGCUUCGCGGCACGUGGCUUCGAAGGCUUCUGCCUGGUGGGCGUCUCCGACCUGGAUAUCUGUGAGUUCAUCGACAACUACGCCCUGUCCAAGAAGGGCGUCAAGGCCAUGAGCCUCAAGCGCUCCACCAUCACUGACGCGGGCUUGGAGGUGAUGCUGGAGCAGAUGCAGGGCGUGGUCCGCCUGGAGCUGUCCGGCUGCAACGACUUCACCGAGGCGGGGCUGUGGUCCAGCCUGAGCGCCCGCAUCACCUCGCUGAGCGUGAGUGACUGCAUCAACGUGGCGGACGACGCCAUCGCGGCCAUCUCGCAGCUGCUGCCCAACCUGGCCGAGCUGAGCUUGCAGGCCUACCACGUGACGGACACGGCGCUGGCCUACUUCACGGCGCGCCAGGGCCACAGCACCCACACGCUGCGCCUGCUCUCCUGCUGGGAGAUCACCAACCACGGCGUGGUCAACGUGGUGCACAGCCUGCCCAACCUCACGGCGCUGAGCCUCUCGGGCUGCUCGAAGGUCACGGAUGACGGCGUCGAGCUCGUGGCCGAGAACCUGCGCAAGCUGCGCAGCCUCGACCUCUCGUGGUGCCCGCGCAUCACCGACAUGGCGCUGGAGUACGUGGCCUGCGACCUGCACCGGCUGGAGGAGCUGGUGCUGGACAGGUGUGUGCGCAUCACGGACACUGGCCUCAGCUACUUAUCUACCAUGUCGUCCCUCCGCAGCCUCUACCUGCGAUGGUGCUGCCAGGUGCAGGACUUCGGGCUGAAGCACCUCCUGGCCAUGAGGAGUUUGCGGCUCCUGUCUGUGGCAGGAUGCCCGCUGCUGACCACCACCGGGCUGUCGGGCCUGGUGCAGCUGCAGGAGCUGGAGGAGCUGGAGCUGACCAACUGCCCCGGGGCCACCCCCGAACUCUUCAAGUACUUCUCGCAGCACCUGCCCCGCUGCCUCGUCAUCGAGUAGCGAGGGUCCCCUCGCCCCCGUCGCUGGAACCCGCCUAGCUCUGGGCGGGGCCCCGAGGGCGCUCCUCGGACCACUUUCCCCGCACUUCCUUGUCCGGCGCGGGAGGUCCAGCGAAGCAAGGGAAAGCCCUGCCCCGCGGCCCUCCGCUGCCCUCCGGGGCCCGCCCAGGCCGGGAGAAGCGGGGAAACGGGUGGCGCCCGCCCCACGCACGCACGCACACUCGGGGAUUUGUGCAUGCCCCUCGUGCCCGCCCUGCACGCCCACCCUCCGCAGCCACUUCCCUCAAAUCGCACGCCCACUGGGGGCGGGGGUGGGGGCGGGGCCUGGGCCUGGGAGGCGUUCUAAGCUCUCACCGUCCUCAUCGCCUUCCCCACCUCACUCCCCUCUGACUCCCCGGCUGUCCUUCCCGUCUCGGGAAGGGGCCCGGUGGGAUUGAGGGGGGCUGGGUCUCCCAGGACACGGGGGCCCGGAAGAGCCCCAUGGGCUGCCUGCAUCUUCCACCGCACCUCACGUAGAGCCCUCCAGGGGGUGCGAGGGGAAACAGGCCGCCGCCAAAGCCAUGGCCCUCCAAGGAGCCCAAGUCCCGCCCGCCCUUCCCCCACUUCACUCCAGCCUGACCUAAGCCACCUCCCCUCUUCUUUGGCACUGUGUGAGACAGUCUCCUGCUUGCCCAUCCCUACCCCCAGGCCUACAAGUCCCUAGGCCCUGCCAGACUGGGGCUGAAUUAGGUUGGGAGCGGUGCAGAAUGGGUGACAAUGACCUUGGCACAAUCAACAUUAGCCCAACCAGCUCUGUCCAUCUCAACCCAGAGGUGGUACAGCUACCUUGGGAGACCCUGGAGCAAGCCUCAGGGCCCACAGGCCUUGGGAGCAGUCCCGGGUGGACCCUUCACUGCACCCCUGUAGCUAGCUAGGCCCAGGCCUCCCAGUGACACACUUCACCUUGGCCAGGUCUCUCUAUAUUAGAAACUGGAAAAGUGGGCCCCAGUCCAGGCUCAGGGUCAGCAGCAGCCAGCUUCCAGCAGCCAGCACACCCUUAGCGCCCAGAGGGAGGGAGGGCUCAUUUCUAGCCACCCCCACCCCUCCCCAGCUGCCCGAACUUUUGCUGGCCCUAUUGGGCCCUGGCCAUGAUCUGUCAGAUCCCAACACUUGGAAGUCCUAGGGGAUGCUGGCACAUCAUGGCAAUUGCUGAGGAGGGGGGCUGGGACCCCUUUCCAUCCCAACCUUGAACCCCAGGAGAUACAGUGCCCACACCUAAUCUUGGGACAUCCUGCCCACCCACCCCAAUCUGGUUGGAAGAGAGUAACCAGUUCGAGAGAGAGAGAGAGA